GUGGUGACCCUGGGGAAGAACAGCAGAGGCUACCACUACAUCCUGGCUAACCUGGUGAGUAGAGUAGCACAACACAAGACAACAAUCCUUCUCUCUUUCAGGGGCCCUCUCAAACAUUUAUUAUAAAAUGGGAUGUGGAAUCACUUUAGUUUUCUAAAUUUGAACAAACUGUAUUUUUACGAACAAAUACGAACAUACAUUAACAGCACAAACUAGAACAUUUCUAAGUUUUAUGUUUAGCUAGCACCGUUAUUCAGAAAACAAUACCUCAGAAAACGCUUUCCUUUUUUAACCUGUAAAGGCAUUACAGGUGAAUCUCUCAAUACAGAUGAACCCAGUUGUUGGGGACAGAUUGUUUGAUGCCUGCAUGUUGUUGGGUACCUCUGGUUUCACUGCAGGGCUUCGCUAACAUGAGCCUGGACAAAGUGUUUGCUGGAGGAGCCAACAUAACAGGCUUCCAGAUCAUCAACCCAGAGAACCCUAUAGUCACACAGUUCCUCCAGCGCUGGGAACGCCUAGACGAGAGGGAGUUUCCCGAGGCUAAGGGCACACCACUGAAGGUACAGUACCAUGUCAAUGUUGUGUGGAUGUUUAAUUUACAGCAUGAAACUUCCAUCUCUCUGCCCGUAUCUGCUUUUCUACCUUUCUCUCUGACUAUCUGUUCAGUUAUCUGUGUCUUGCUAAUAGUAUCAAAGACAGAGCAUUUUCACUCACAAAAGAAAAGCUUUUGUCAAAUUUAACCAGAUAAACUGUCAGUGAGGCAAUAGUAAAAUCAUACUGCUUGUUUAUUGCUUGUCAUUCAGAAAAGAGGCAAAAAUAGGUUUUCUGUUUGAAAGUAGCUACAACAGUAUGAACUAGCUUUGGCAUAUCAGGCAACAACAGACUGCCAAUUGCCAAUUACUCUUGAAUAAAAUAAACCUUGAGGCAGAGUGGCAGUGGGCUGUUCAGCUACUGCUGUGCCUACUUUAUCAUUGAUAGACUCAUUUUCACAAUUUAUUCCCUUUUCACAUUGUGCAUUGUAUCUAAGUGUGCUCCUUACACAAACCAAGUACCCUUCGGACUGCUCUCAUAAUGUCAUGAUCUGCUGUGGUGGUUGUGUUUCAGUACACGUCGGCGCUGACCCAUGAUGCCGUGCUGGUCCUGGCAGAAGCCUUCCGGUACCUGCGGAAGCAGAGGGUGGACGUGUCCCGGAGGGGGAGCGCUGGGGACUGCCUAGCCAACCCGGCCGUGCCCUGGAGCCAAGGCAUUGACAUUGAGAGAGCCCUCAAAAUGGUAGGAGGGGUCUUCACAGAUGCCCAGGUGUAAAAAUAUAGUAGUAUAUUUUGACUAAAUCUUGACUAUUCUGAAUUGAGUUGUUGUGUGAAGGUUAUUACGGUUCCUUGUGUCAUGGUGUGCAUGGCAGGUCCAGGUACAAGGUAUGACAGGGAAUAUCCAGUUUGACUCGUUCGGUCGGAGAUCCAACUACAGCAUCGAUGUGUACGAGAUGAAAAUAGGGGGGCCCAAGAAGGUAAGUAGAAAGCAGCACAGUGGCUCAACAUGCAGAUUAUAAAACACUUUCUCAAAUGUUUUGAGUUCAGAGGGCCAUUAAAUGAGUAAUUGGGAAAAGGUUGCAGGAUGUCAUACCAGUUCACUUAUUUUUUUUCUUUAUUCAUAACUGAGAUUACAUGUUAAGAUAGCUCAGUUUUAUGGACUUUAAAUAUGAAUAUUAAAGAAAUUACACAUUCAAUAUUUAAGUAAUUACACAUUAACAUGACUCCUUAACAUAAGUGUGCGUGUUACUGUAUUGCACCGUAUGCGCGCAACAGUAAUCAUUACACAGCUCUGAGCAGGGACCAGGGCAGAGCUUUAAGCUUUAUUGGAGUGCCUACAGUAGAACAGCUUUCACCUGUAGCGGCUCCUACACUGGGGGCUGACCUCACCCUGCGUGCUCCCUUUGUGCUCCGUCAUAACUGGGGCAGAGGUGGCAGGAGAGGAGAUACACCAAGGCUGUCAGGAGUAGUGCUAUAUUAGCCCGUAACCCCACUACCCCCUACACAUACAGUGGGGAAAAAAAGUAUUUAGUCAGCCACCAAUUGUGCAAGUUCUCCCACUUAAAAAGAUGAGAGAGGCCUGUAAUUUUCAUCAUAGGUACACGUCAACUAUGACAGACAAAAUUAGAAAAAAUUAUCCAGAAAAUCACAUUGUAGGAUUUUUUAUGAAUUUAUUGGCAUAUGAUGGUGGAAAAUAAGUAUUUGGUCAAUAACAAAAGUUUCUCAAUACUUUGUUAUAUACCCUUUGUUGGCAAUGACACAGGUCAAACGUUUUCUGUAAGUCUUCACAAGGUUUUCACACACUGUUGCUGGUAUUUUGGCCCAUUCCUCCAUGCAGAUCUCCUCUAGAGAAGUGAUGUUUUGGGGCUGUCGCUGGGCAACACAGACUUUCAACUCCCUCCAAAUAUUUUCUAUGGGGUUGAGAUCUGGAGACUGGCUAGGCCACUCCAGGACCUUGAAAUGCUUCUUACGAAGCCACUCCUUCGUUGCCCGGGCGGUGUGUUUGGGAUCAUUGUCAUGCUGAAAGACCCAGCCACGUUUAAUCUUCAAUGCCCUUGCUGAUGGAAGGAGGGUUUCACUCAAAAUCUCACGAUACAUGGCCCCAUUCAUUCUUUCCUUUACACGGAUCAGUCGUCCUGGUCCCUUUGCAGAAAAACAGCCCCAAAGCAUGAUGUUUCCAACCCCAUGCUUCACAGUAGGUAUGGUGUUCUUUGGAUGCAACUCAGCAUUCUUUGUCCUCCAAACAUGACGAGUUGAGUUUUUACCAAAAAGUUAUAUUUUGGUUUCAUCUGACCAUAUGACAUUCUCCCAAUCCUCUUCUGGAUCAUCCAAAUGAACUUCAGACGGGCCUGGACAUGUACUGGCUUAAGCAGGGGGACACGUCUCGCACUGCAGGAUUUGAGUCCCUGGCGGCGUAGUGUGUUACUGAUGGUUGGCUUUGUUACUUUGGUCCCAGCUCUCAGCAGGUCAUUCACUAGGUCCCCCCGUGUGGUUCUGGGAUUUUUGCUCACCGUUCUUGUGAUCAUUUUGACCCCACGGGGUGAGAUCUUGCAUGGAGCCCCAGAUCGAGGGAGAUUAUCAGUGGUCUUGUAUGUCUUCCAUUUCCUAAUAAUUGCUCCCACAGUUGAUUUCUUCAAACCAAGCUGCUUACCUGUUGCAGAUUCAGUCUUCCCAGCCUGGUGCAGGUCUACAAUUUUGUUUUUGGUGUCCUUUCACAGCUCUUUGGUCUUGGCCAUUGUGAAGUUUGGAGUGUGACUGUUUGAGGUUGUGGACAGGUGUCUUUUAUACUGAUAACAAGUUCAAACAGGUGCCAUUAAUACAGGUAACAAGUGGAGGACAGAGGAGCCUCUUAAAGAAGAAGUUACAGGUCUGUGAGAGCCAGAAAUCUUGCUUCUUUGUAGGUGACCAAAUACUUAUUUUCCACCAUAAUUUGCAAAUAAAUUCAUAAAAAAUCCUACAAUGGGAUUUUCUGGAUUUUUUUUUCUCAAUUUGUCUGUCAUAGUUGACGUGUACCUAUGAUGAAAAUUACAGGCCUCUCUCAUCUUUUUAAGUGGGAGAACUUGCACAAUUGGUGGCUGACUAAAUACUUUUUUGCCCCACUGUACUGGCCUGCGAUUCUGGCGCUGUCGCCUUCGGCCAGGUGAGCUGAGCUAUAGAACAGUACAAGAGGAGAGAAGUAGAAUUGAAAAUAACAGAAAAGAAGAGAACAGAAUACAACAGAACAGAAAAGAAGAGAACAGCAGAACAGAACAAAACAGAACAGAUAGAACAAAUAACAUGUAACUGCUGACAUUUUUUAAAUCUCAGCAGUUAUUGAAUAGGUUCACAGACGUCAGAUAUACAUUUUUAGUAGCAGCAUACAUAUAGUAUGCUUAAUGUUAAUACAUGAGCAGAAGCCCCUCACUCUGUAAAUUGCAACUGAAAUUGCUUAUUGCUGAAUAAGACUAAGUCUUUUUUGCUGGUAUUAGUAUUGCCAAGCAGCAUGCGAGGAGCAUUUCAUGGGCAGUAAUUCAUGUUUAUGUAAAGGAUCUGUGACAGUGCAGCUGCAGUAAGGGUGCUGAGAAGGAGAUUAGCUGAAAGUUGAAUGCUCUUUUCCCCCACUGUAUCUGUAGCAGAGGUUGGAGCGUCAUCUCCAAGCACAGCGCCAGUACAGGGCUUUUUAUCUUACGCAUCACCAGACACCCCCCAACCCCCCUUCAGGCCAAGACUCUCAUCAGACAUGCUCGCCUGCCAACUGCACUUGGAAGCUUUACUCACAAAUGUCUUUUAAAUGGCUGUUUCUUGUAAUAACUAUGAUGUUUCUGUCACUUUCAGACCGGGUACUGGAAUGAAUUCGAAAAAUAUGUAUAUAUUGUGGAUGCGCAGGUCACCAACGAGUCCUCUUCUGUGGAAAACCGAACGAUUGUGGUCACUACUAUUAUGGUACACUUUCCAAGCAGAUUUUAAAUGUUCCACCUCUAAAAAAUUCUGCCACUCAAGGUCAAGGUGUCCAUUGUUACAUUCUGUCCUGGGAGGGUAGAACUAUUUUCUUUUGAGUUGCUUUCCAUCCACUCACUACAUGUUGAAACAGUCGAUUCACAAAGAGUGUUUCAACUGUAUCCGUGUGGGUGUUAAAGCAUUUUGAUUUUCCAUAUUACGGUGGCCUGUUGUAGCAGUGACAUCACAAUAACGGCUUUGGUAAUGAUAACUAGCUAGAGCCUAUAGACGUAAUCUAAUACACAUUCAGUGCAUACGUACGUAAGUAAAAACCUGUUUCUUACUCAUUAAGUAAAUGGUCAAUGAUGACAGGGUUAGAGACAACAAAACGACCUGUAAUGAUCAAUUGUUUCUCACUGGGGACGCAAAAUAACUGCCAUUUGAGGAGGACAUAAAAAACCUCACCGCUUUAAAGCUUUGGUUUGUUUAUCCCCUUGUUCAAAUAUAUUUUGGAUCGUCCACUACGAGUUCUGUACUGAAGUAUAACCUCUGUGGCUUUCUCCAAUAUUCAGAGAUAUUAGGGGUCAAAGGUCAGGGAUAGUUAGAGAUGAGGUAUUCCCCAGCUCAAGCAGAGAGAAAAAAAUAAAUCAGCUGGAUGUAUAUACGGUUAGUUAGAAGACCUUGGUCAUUUUUAAAUGUAAAAUAAGGUAAGCCUUAUCUUACAUUUAAAACAAUGGCCUUCUUUCUGACUCUGCCUAUUAUGUGUUCAUCUUAGGCAAAUUCAGAAUACGAAAGUCAGACAUUCUCAUCUAAAUGUAAGCAUGUCAUGCUCAUACUCAUAAUUAGUUAGGAUACUUCUGAUAGACACAGGGAAAUGGUAGGACCAUUGUAAUGUUAUGAUAGCAAUAGUGUUGCACCACUCAUCUAGUGAUCAUGCAUUAGUCUAUUGACAUUGUAAAUUGACAAUGCUCAUCUCAUUAUGCAUCAGAAUUAGCUAUAUUUUACUUUAUUUUUUUUAUAGCACAGAGAGGUGAAAAGAUACCUUCAGCACAGAAAGAAAGAAAUUGACCAUUGUUUUACCCACUGGCAUCUCUUAUACUCCUGGCACGGAUUGGGAUGUGAUUUAAGAUCAAUCACUCUGUUUGAUUUUUGAGCCGAGCCAAAAAGAAAACCAACCACAUCUCAGAGUUUGAAGAGCCAAGUAUGUCUAUUAACACCUCCCAGUGUAUUCUGUAUGGAAGAUAAGCUCAGAGUUGGUUUGAUUAAUUGAAUGAUGCAGCCUCCCUGAACAUUCAACGAUGAUAUGUGUUUGAUGGUAUUGCAAUAAAAACUAACAUUACUGUAAUCUCUCGCCAAUCACUGCCAUUUACUUAAUGAACUGGAAAGUCUCCCAAUCCCCCGUUUAACCUGCCCCUGUCCUACCAAGCCGAUGCAAAGCUAAUGCACCCUCCACCCAGCCCCCACCUCCUUCCAGUUGUGGCUGGGUUUAGCAUGAAGGAAUCCGGCUGAGAGACCCAGCCCCUUCCCCCUUUAUGCCUGUCUGUCAGAGGCCUUACUGUCCCCACUGGAUGCCCGGGUUGGGCCCUGCUUCAAGCCCGCUGCUAUGGAGGCUGGCUGCAUUUGGUUGUGGAUCGGGUCAGCGCCCCAACAUCCCCGUGUGACCAACUCUGUAUGGCGCUUCUUGUCCAUGCUGUUCUGUUAUUAUUUCCUGUUUGUGUGCUCUGUGUCUGUCUAUGUCUGUGUAUGUCUGUGUGUGUGUGUGUGUAAUCCAAGCAUGUGUGCAUGCAACAAUCACGGUGUGGGUUAAAGAGAACUGGACUCAAGAGGACUGGCCUCUGUGAAUGGAAUGUGUGCAUGCUCAACUAUAAACUCAACAUUAUGUUUAAUUAACAGGAAUCUCCUUAUGUGAUGUACAAGCGAAACUACUUGUCGCUGGAUGGGAAUGACAGAUAUGAAGGCUACUGUGUCGAUUUAGCUGCCGAAAUUGCAAAACAUGUGGGGAUAAGAUACAAACUGUCAGUAGUUGCGGACGGGAAGUAUGGUGCAAGGGAUCCAGAGACCAAGACGUGGAACGGGAUGGUGGGUGAACUGGUAUAUGGGGUAAGUGACAGUCUCGACGUACUGAAGCACUGUCACCAACACAGGGACGGGGGCUUGGCCAGCUCUGGCUUGAGGUAUGUGGGCCAGAUCUGGUUUACACACCUAAACCAGAUCUUCGGCAUGAAAAGGCCAGACCUUGCCCAGCAGGGUGAAUGUAGCCCGGCAACUACGGAUAUUUGUUAGGGUCACAUAUCACAAGCCAGAGCUGGCUCAUAAGCAAAGUGUGCCUACCCUCGCCCUGGUCGCAUCUCCCACAUUCGGACCAGAUCUGGCCUUUUACUGUUGCGGUGGCAGCACUGAUCCAUAUGUGCCACCCAGCAACCAGAUCUGGCCCGCAAUCCUCUACUGACUGGGUGUGUGAUUUUCUCCAUAUGUAUCUCCAUAAAUCAGAUCUUAAUUGAAAGAUUGAUUACUUUAUGUUAUGAACCACUCACUACAUGUGUAAGUAUGAGCCCAUUUUCUUCUUUCAUAAAACACUGUGAAAUGGUUAAUGUUUCAUUAAGGGACAGGUGACAGCCAGACUAUAAAGUGAAAAUGAAUAACAUCUGCCUGUCAGUUUGAAUGCAAGCAGCGAUACUCUGAAUGCAUCUUAAUUUAACACAAAAUAACAUAUUCCUGUCGUAAUGAACAUUUUACCAACCAUUCUGCAAAAUGACAGCCGUGCCUCUUCAGAGAGCUGAAAGAGAGAGAGAUGAUCUCCUGCUAUAAUUGACAGGCUUUGUACAAGCCCUGAGACACCUCUUUGCAUCAACAAUAAAUCCGCCAGACCAUUAAUUAGCCAUUCACAUGCAAAUGAGCCAGUGAUAUAUUGAGACAAGGAGUGGCUGGGAGCUGUGUUUUUCACAGAGUCCCUGCCUAACCCUCACUAAAAUGAUCCCAGCCCUCGCAUGGCAUUUACAUAUUUAUCAGUCAAGGCCUGGUCUGGUUGUGACUCUGGGACCUGAAAAGCUAUCAAUGGGAACAUUUAUUACCUAGCUGAGCUAUUCGCUAAUAAGGCUAGGAGGCUUUAAAGACAAUCUGAUAAAGGAGUUGAAUUUCCCAGGCUGAUUCAAAUAUCAUGGGCUGUUUGCAUAAGCUCUUCAACCUCCUGUUUCCAUACCUUCUACUUCAUAAAUGGUUCAGACUGAGUAAUGCACUCUUUUGGAUUAAGGCAGAGACAUUAGCCACUACUAAUGCUAACUGCGAUUGGUCCAUUUUAAGCUGGCGGGUCUCACUUUCUUCUUAAACGUAUCUGACAUUUAAUGCAUUCAUUUUUCUAAUCCACAAGUUCAUUUUACCUUGCUCCAUCUCUACUCAUUGGUUUCAGCAAUACAUUAUAGAUAUAUUAUAGUCAUAAUUAGAUAUUCAAAUUGCAUGAUGACCAGUUUUGAUCAAGAAACAGUGAAAUCCCAUAAUUUAUUUAGAUGGGCAUUCUAUUUUAAAUUGUUCUAAAUCGGGCUUUGAUCACAAUGGCAGUUUGAUGUGAUGUGUCUGUGCUGUGUUUUGAACCACUAACUCCUGUGCCUGUUCCCAUUUUUCCAGAGAGCUGAUAUAGCAGUGGCUCCUCUAACUAUAACAUUGGUACGAGAGGAGGUGAUAGACUUCUCUAAGCCUUUUAUGAGCCUGGGGAUCUCCAUUAUGAUAAAGAAGCCUCAAAAGUCAAAGCCGGGCGUGUUCUCCUUCCUGGACCCACUGGCCUAUGAGAUCUGGAUGUGCAUAGUGUUUGCCUAUAUCGGCGUGAGCGUGGUGCUCUUCCUGGUCAGCCGCUUCAGCCCCUAUGAGUGGCAUCUGGAUGAGAACGACGAGGCCAAAGACCCCCAGAGCCCUCCAGACCCACCUAACGACUUUGGGAUUUUUAAUAGCCUGUGGUUCUCCCUGGGCGCCUUCAUGCAGCAAGGAUGCGAUAUCUCGCCAAGGUUGGUUACUGUACUCCAUGUUCCAUCACCUCAAACUCAGCCAUCCUAUCAUCUACAUACUGGACCAUCUCUCUGCAUUUUAUGGUCAUAAUCACUACAACUCCCAUCAUGCCAUGGUGAAUAUAUGUUAUUUUUGGAUUGUGUCUUGGCUUUUUUGCUCUCCACCCCAUUCACCUCCACUCCGUCUUUCCCUCAUACUCUUUAAACACACCACCACCAUUCCUCACUCCCUCACUCUUUCUCUCCAGGCUGCAUGCUAACAGUUAUGCAUUGCAUCCACAAAAUAACUUAUAUCCACCAUGCCGGGGACUGUAAAAUGCACAGGGUCAUAACAUCCAUGAGGAGUUUCCCCUAUUCCCCAUGACUCUUGGAGGGCUAUCGUGUUUUUGUUGCAUGUCCCAUUUUACGGUCAUCAGCCUGGUGCAUAUAAUGUUUUUAAAGUGGAAGACAUUUUUAUCAAUUUUCACUCUGAUGAAGCACCGUAAUAGCAUUCAAUUCGGCCCCUACCUCAUGACUCAUUUCAUGAAUCUUAAUAUAGACAAAAAGUAACGUCCUCUCCCCCCUCUUUUCAUUCAUUCAGUCCAUCUCUUCACUCAUCAUCACUGUUGCGCCGGUUUGUCCCUCGUUCCUUCUCGGGGGACUGUCAUUGUUCAAGCCAUCCCUCCUCAUCUUGUCUGGGAUGUUGGGCCAUUGUAGUGCAUCUGAAUGAAGAUCAAUGAGAGAAUGUUCCAGGUCAUGUCUAUCAGAGCUGAGCAUCAGUCUCACCUGAAUAGUGAUGGCUACAGCGCUAUAGGGUAAUGGUCCACUGAGAUCAACACUUAAACAUGCAUUGUUUGGAUUCGUUCCUCAGUCAUUUUUCCCUUACUGUCUCUAUGAUAAAAUGUUUGUUUUUUUGGAGCAUUACUCAAAAAAUAGAAGGGGUUUGCGUACUGAAAACUGAGUGAUGGUUUCCCAUGUGCAGUGGAGAAAGUCACCUCUAAAUAAAAGGCAAGCCAUUUAAUCAUUGUAACAUAAUACCAGAAAAGAACACAAAACAUUCUGUGGUGAUUUAGGAUGUCAGGUACUAUUUGAAGAGCCCAUAGAAUGCCAAAGAGUCAAUGCCAUUGAUUUGAUGAAGACUAUUUAGUAAAUGCCACUCUCCCUCCUGGAGGAUCGGUUUAUGUGAUAGACUGCAGUAAGCCUAAGGUUAGUAGUUACCUUACCAGUGGGGAUCGUCAGCCUCAUUGAAGCUGAUGCACGCUAAUCUCUGCUUGCUGUGUUUGUGUGUGCUAUCAUUCAGUCACAACACAACCCUCCACGCAAGCAUCAUAGAGCAACAAGGCUGGGACACCAUGUUUUUCUCUGUGUAAAGAGCAUUAACAUUGAGGUAUGUGGGUGAGAUUUGACAUAAAUCCAAGAUCAAUGCUCUGAGGCUGUGCAUUUAUGUCAAUACGUGGUGUGUGAUACCCAGACUCUACACAGGAAGCAGUGGACUCCAAAGGCAUGGCGGCCUCCAUCCCUCUGUCAGUGUGUAGGAUUGAGCACCCUGCUCUCACGUCCCUCUGUCCUCCUCAUCCCCUCUCUCUCAGGUCUCUGUCGGGCAGAAUCGUGGGGGGGGUGUGGUGGUUCUUCACCCUCAUCAUCAUCUCCUCCUACACAGCCAACCUGGCUGCCUUCCUCACAGUGGAGAGGAUGGUGUCUCCCAUAGAGAGUGCUGAGGACCUGGCCAAGCAGACAGAGAUUGCCUACGGGACCCUAGACUCAGGCUCCACCAAGGAGUUCUUUAGGGUGAGUGACUAAACUAACUGGGGGUUUAUUCACCAGACACAACUUUAGUCUCUUUACAGUUAGAACACUAAAAAAAGCAGACAAGACAUCAAAGCAAGGAGCACAGGGGAAUGGUAUAGAUAUUUAGUUUUGUUUGAUACCUAACAGAAAAUAUGGAAGUAGUUAGCUAUGAUAAUAAAUAUUGAAGAAGGUCAAGCUACUAUACACGAAACAGGUGGCUAUCAGAGUCUAUGCUACUGUGUGGAGACGGAAGGAACAAAACAUAAAAAACAAAGCAUAAAAAAUUGAACACACUGAAUAUUUUAAAAAGUAUAUUUAUAGCCUGGUGUUUACAGUUAGUGAAUCAGUGCAGUGAAACAUAACCACUUGUGCAAGCCACUGGAUGUAAAGCAAAUGUGCUUCUCUUUCAUGAUUUGUUUGGCAGGCUGGCUGACGGCCUGGUGAUUUGUCCCAGGUCUUUCUGGGGAGAUAAUUGAUAGGUGUUUAGGGACUUCAUGUCCCUCCGCCUUCAAACUUCAAAUGUCACGACUGAGGAGCCAUUCCAGGGCACUUCUAAUUAAAAUAGAGGCUCCAGAUACAUUUUAAAUAUGUUCUUCAGGAAAGAUGUGCUGCUUAAUUAGAGUCAUAUAGCCACCAGGCAAACGGAAAUCUGCUCUGAUGACACACUGGCAGGUCAUCCCUCAAAUGGCUCACCUUCACUUUCCCGUCAUUCCCUCACUCCUCUCAGGAUUUACAGUACCGGCACCCUAGUACAUCACAUGCUUCCCCAACUGCUCCCUCGCUCAUGUCACAGCCCCUUUGUUGUCAAAGAGUCAGAAGAAGAAUAUUCAGACACAUCAAACUGAUUUUAAGUGCUUGCAUUUUUAUCUCCAUUUCCACCUCAUGUAUCUUAGGCACAGCAGCAUGUAUGUGAUACAUGGAGAGAAAUUAACUUAGCUCAGGCAUCUCAUUUUCAAAACCAGCCAUGUGUAUGUUAUCAGCCUGGUCUCAUAGACUAAACGUAACAUAGUAAAAGUAAAUCCGGGACACGCAAAUUAUUAUGAUCUGUUACGUUUGGUAUGGUUACAUAAGACAGAAGGUUGUAUGAAUUGAAAAUUGUAAUUUGUAACAUAAAAAAAAAUAAAAAAAAUACGCCAUUUAGCAGACGCUUUUAUCCAAAGCGACUUACAGUCAUGCGUGCAUACAUUUUUGUGUAUGGCAACAUCUCAUACGAAAUGGAUGAUGGACAUCCACAAAUUAAUACAUACCAUACGAAACAUAACAUAUCAUACUAAUUGGAGUGUCCUGGAUUUACAUUUACUAUGUGACGUGUAUGCGUCCAGGUUGAUGUUAUACAGCCUGAUGAAAUGAAAUUGCAGAUUCUUUUUUUAGUUACGUAAGUUGUUUCCACAUUUUAAUACUUUUGGCACUCGUAUAACUGGCCAGAAGAGAAUCCAAUAAUUACAUGUGGACAAGCACUCUGCAUACAGACAGAAUGCUAAUGAUUUAUUUUCCGACUCAUCCCUACUUUGUAUUGCCAGUGGGGUGGACCUGAGCAAACAGCCAUAAAGCAUUCAGAGCACAUAAAUGGAGAGUUGAUAGAUGGACUGACAGUUGGAGGUGUUUGGGUUGCACUAUGGGAGCCAGCUUCUUCUCAUUAAUAUGUAUUUAUUUUGCAAAUGGAUACUGAGGCCGAAAACUAACUUACAACGUGCUUUUUUAUGUUGUAGUAUAGAUGAAUAUAGAUUUGCGUUUGAACACUGGAGACCUUUAGCCCAUAUAUGAUUGCUGACUCAAGUAACACAAGCAGAAGAGCUGCGCCCAUCUUUACAUGACCCAGAAAUUACCCUCUGUUUACACAGCAUGGCCAAGCCUGUCAUAAACUAUUACUGUCAUUUACAUUAACUGUCCCUCCCACUGAAAUUGUGCAGAUGUCAAGCAUGAUUCAAUCAUGGCCCUGAAUACAUUACAUAUCCAGCUACUGCUGAAAUUUGCAUGAUACAAUGCGGGGAGACAGCUUUAUUUUAUUCAGCAAUGCAUUGAUAUUGAUGUUCUGUUAGAUGCAUCCAUCUUGCAGAAAGCAUUGAUCAGAUAUUAUCAUGCAACUACUGUAAAAACAUAAGAAGCUGGAGACAUAAGCAACUGCAGCCCCUCAUGAUUAGUUCAGAUUUUUUGUGACCCCCACCCCAUCAAAGUUGCCCAUCCCUGAUAUAGAACAUCCAUGACAUCAGUUUGAUAAAGUCAGGUGCUUAAGCUUGGCUCUUGUAAUCCAUCUGAUAUAAUGCUGACUUCGCUAUCGAUACCGAAAAUCAUUUGUCUUGUUAUGUUUCAAGUGAUAACAAAAGUGCUCUCACAGGGGUUUCAGUAUUGACAUUUAAAGCACUUUCUGUGACAUUUACUGGAUUCUCUGGCCACAUUCAUUCAUGUCACCUGUAUUGUGUAAAUGCCCUUUCCACUCUGGAGACAGCUCAGGUCCCACCCCCUCCCCCCAGUCUAUUAUAGCUUCUCUCUCUGAAAACCUGGGCUGAAGGCCCUGCUGCACAAAAGGCCUUUUUUCAAAAAGACAGACUGAUUUUGAUCUUCCUUUUACCUGAAAAUCAUGGAGGUGUAAGUAGCAGCAAUAGGAGCUGAAUGUACUGCAGAUUUUAACAGAUUUUGUCAGUGAAAAAAAUUUGCCCUUGAUCGAUACACCCAUAAGGCUUCAACAUCUGUUGGUGCAUAAGAAGCAACCGCUUCCAAGGAAUGUCCCGCUGAGCAACCCCACCCCCUCAAUCACCUCCCAUAUGGUCUCUCCCUGUACUCUUUAAAUGAGUGUGUGAUGCAGGGGGUAAAAUCCACCUCUCUGGGGGUGGGGGAAUAAGUUGUAAGAGAAGCUGACUCCCCAUUGUUCAAGAUUACAUACUAGUCAGCUCAAUUUCACUCAAUUCAUUGGUGUGCUGUGAGUGUAAAAGCAACCAUCACUGAUGAGAACGAAAUGACAGUCUUGAUGUUUGUGAAUAUUAGGGGAAAUAUUUGAGCAGAGUGAUGCUGAUGCCAACAUAGCAGCAUAUGGUGUAUAUGCAUAUCAGAGACUAAUGUUUUAACUGCAGCAUUGUUUGUUUUUCUAUAGUCUAAUAAUUAACAUGUUGAUUCAUAUUUAGCUCAUUUAUUGAAUCCCCUCUGAUCUGAUCCUACCCCUGUCAUAUCAGUUGUCCUGAGAACACCAGACAUCUCUGCAGGAUAAGCUAGAGUGACACCAAGGUGUUCAUUAUGUUCAACAGCCCUAUUUACGGUUUACAUUACAGACCAAUGAUGUAAUCAUCAAGCUCAUCAGGAGUCAAGCCCAUCACUCCCAAUAAAGAGCAGAGGAGCAGUGAAGAGGGUCUCAGGCCGUUAGGGGUUAUGUAAACUAUUAGCAUCCCAAAUCAGCGCUAUCACCUCCCCAGAACCACAGCACUCUGUCUCAUAAUUAUAACAGUCAGAGUCAUGUAAUGUAUUCAUAUUCAGCUAACUCAGCAUGUAAUUAAGUGACAUUGUGGUUUCUGUAUACAGCCACCUCUGUUAAACAGAUUGACACUUUCUAUGAGGAUUUACUGAAUCCAGAGCAAUAUGAGAAAGCAUCUGUUUGCUCUGGUGUGCAACCACCUGAUUGAAGAAACAGCUGAAUGUCCAGCUAAUUAUAUCCCCAAAGCUUAGUAAGUCAGUCAAUAGACAGUCUGUAGACUGAUUUUAGAGAGCACAUCAGAACUGGUGCUUAAUGCACAAUCAAUAUUGAUUAGAGGAAUUUUGCUUUAUGCAAAUGUGGGCCUUCUUAGUCUGUAAGGACAUGUUUGUGUGUGUGUGUGCGUGUGUAUGGGUGUUUGUACGCUCUUUGAAAAAAAGGUGCUAUCUAGAACCUUAAAAAGUUAUUUGGGUGUCCCCAUAGGAGAACCCUUUGAAGAACCGUAUUUGGUUGCAGGUAGAACCCUUUUGGUUCCAGGUAGAACCCUUUUGUGUUUAUUUGUUUAUUUAUUUGUUUAUUAGGAUCCCCAUUAGCUUUUGCAGAGGCAUCAGCUACUCUUCCUGGGGUCCACAAAAGUAACAAAACACUGUUACACUGAUAGACAAGGACAGUCACACAAAUUUCAAAUACAACGAUACACGAACAAAACCCCAAACAAAGAAUACAAACAAAAAUGUUUGAUGUGUUAGAGUAUGUCUGUGUGUCUGUGUGUGCGUCUGUGUGUGUGUCCCCUCACAGUCCCUGCUGUUCCAUGAGUAGUUUUUUACUCUGUGUGUGUUUUACUAUCCUCGUGGGUACCAGAAAUCCCCAAAAGACCCCACAAGGAUAGUAAAACAAGAGAAAUUCCCACAAAGACAAAGGCUAUUUUAGGCUUACGGGUUAGAUUUAUGGUUAGGGUUACAAUUAGGGUUAGAAUUAGGGUUAGGGGUUACGUUUACGGUUAGGGAAAAUUGGAUUUUGAAUGGAAAUACAUUUUAGGUCCCCACAAGGAUAAUAAAACAUAUAGUGUGUGUGUGUGUGUGUGUGUGUGUGUGUGUGUGUGUGUGUGUGUGUGUGUGUGUGUGUGUGUGUGUGUGUGUGUGUGUGUGUGUGUGUGUGUGUGUGUGUGUGUGUGUGUGUGUGUGUGUGUGUGUGUGUGUGUGUGUGUGUGUGUGUGUGUGUGUGUGUGUGUGUGUGUGUGUGUGUGUGUGUGUGUGUGUGUGUGCACGAGCGUGCGUGCGAGCGUGCAUGCGUGCGUGCGUGUGCAACUGUAUGCGUGUGCUCACACACGUAAAAAGUAGAUCAAUCUGUUUCACACUAAAAUUCACGAUGGUCCACAGUAGCCAAGCCAUCUGCAGUUUAAUAUGUAAUGUUAGAUUUAGCUUGAUUCAGCUAUUAUGGUGGGCCUAGUGCCCAUUCUCCAUUAAAAAGUGAAAAGGAUAUGACAAAACAAAAACUUGCCAGAAAUGAACUUCUAAUGGCCUUCUCAGAUUAAAUAGUAAUAUCUAUUCAUCAACAACAUAUGAUGUUAUUUGGAGCCCUGGGUAAUACAGCCAUAGAUAUAAUCACCAAGUUGACUCUGUUUUUGCCACAUUAAGCGUUCACUUGCUAAUUAAAUCAAUGUAUAGGCUAUUUAUACACAUUAUUAUUUUGGUCGUGAGAACAUCCAUCCUAAAGUUUUCCCCACUCGUUCGGUCACUCGGCAGAAGGUCACAUUAACCUAGUUUAAUGCAGCUUCCUUGUUUGUCCUUCUAUUGUCGACUGCUGUGUGUGUACCCCAGCUCCAUGGAGACCCGACGCCAGCCACUUAGAAGCCAUUUUUAGCAGCAGCUCCCUGGGUGUGAGUCAGUAAGGGCAGGGCAGGAGGCAGGAGGCAGGCCAGGGCAUGGCAGGGCUGUGUUCUCCUCUCAGCACGUCAUAUUGCUGCUCCAGGUGGCAGCAGCCCCACUGAUCCAUCCAGGUGACACCUCCAGAACCCCAAAGUCAAAAGGCCUGCUGACUCACUUCCUGUCUUGUGACCUCAGGGGGAGAAGGGGGGGAUGGUGAAAGGGAGCAGGUGGUCAGUCAGGUGGUCGUCCUGUCGAUGGAUGCUGAGGAGAAACAUGACCCUGCAGUUUUGUUUGUAGUGUUCUGCCAGCUUGUCAGACCUCAGAUCUGCUGUUGGCAACAGGCCCACUACAACGACUCCUUUACUCAGCUCUCUAGGAGCACAGACAGCACUCUAUUGACUCAUGGCAAAGGUGUACACUGUAUAUGAAGGUGUAUAUGUGUAAAAUGUGCUAUUUAAGUGCUAUGGUCUACAUUUUUUUAUACACCACUAACCUAUUUUUGUAUUCUCUCUCUCCCUCUCUCCCCAAAUGCAGCGCUCCAAAAUAGCAGUUUAUGAGAAAAUGUGGUCUUACAUGAAAUCGGCUGAACCGUCAGUGUUCGCAAAGACCACACCAGAAGGGGUUGCUCGAGUGCGAAAGUCGAAAGGCAAAUUUGCCUUUCUUCUCGAAUCCACAAUGAACGAGUACAUUGAGCAGCGGAAACCUUGUGACACCAUGAAAGUGGGCGGCAACCUCGACUCUAAGGGAUACGGUGUGGCAACACCUAAAGGAUCAGCAUUAAGGUGGGUGGGAUAAUAUAACAAUAUUCUCCAUGUUGUUAUAGUAUUCCACCCACCCUGAUGUCUCCUGUUGUCCCAUUCCUCUUCUUCCUCACUCCUAAAUUUCUAUUUUUUUGAGGUUCAUCAGGAAGUAAAUGGUAUUGUGUUUCUUUAACUCUGGUCUAGACGUAAAGCCAUUUCUGUCAUGUUCUCUCUAUCUCUAUGGUUUGUUUCUCUCUGUGUUGCUGGUUUUUUCUUUCUCUUCAAAGGGAAAGUACUCUUGGGAUAUUAGUCAUAUUUACUAAAUCCAUUUGUAUGUUGAUGUGCCCCCACACCCACCCCUGGUUUGUUCUCUUCCCCUCAACCUUUCACCUCUCUGUCCUCUGUGGUGUCCCUCUCUGGCAGUUCUGCAUUGCUUCAUUUAACAGUUCAAUGUGUUUAUUUCACUUAACUUGCUAAAAGCUGCACUGUCACUUGUGAUGAAUGUUAACGUGCAUGCUGUAUGUUGUCGUUAUACUUCUAUUCUCAAUGACAAAGUGUCCCCAUCCCCCACACUUCAGUUCUGAGCAAUGUAACCCUCCAUACCACCUCUCUAAUAUUUAACACUUUAUUUGAUGUAAAACGCUUCUUACCUCUGCACACCGGUGAAAUUCUUUACCAAUUUGUCCUUUUCGUGCUCCCCCUUAUGAGUCAUUUGAUAUUAUUACUAUUAUUACUAUUAACUAAUAUUCUAAUAUUAGAUUUCUCACGGACCUGUUCAUUUUCUUACAAGUCAUGUUUUAUCGUUUCAAGAAAUGCUGUUAACCUGGCAGUGUUAAAACUGAAUGAGCAAGGCCUCUUGGACAAAUUGAAAAACAAAUGGUGGUACGACAAGGGAGAGUGCGGCAGCGGGGGAGGUGACUCCAAGGUCAGCCUCAAUGUCACCAAAAUCGGGUAUCGUAGAGUAGAGUAAUCGGCAAGCCUGUAAAUCACUAAUGUAACCUAUAGGCCCCAACCACAGUCCACUAUGGCCCUGUAACAGAAAACCGUGUGGCUUUUUCUAUUUUAUCGUGCAACUGAGAUCAAACUGGGAACCCUUUACUUGGCUAAUGGAGGAAAAAGACCAGUAACAAUUGAGAUAUUUCUGAGAAAAAGAUUAUCUAUCUUUUUACUGCAGGUAGAGAAGAGUUGAAGCUGAUUAUUAUUCCUGAUGGUAGUAAAGUAGCACCAUUCUGGUAAGAAACCAGACUGUGAGACCUCCUUAGUGUUCUGUUCUGCAGCAGGGCUGCUCUGUGAGAUAUUUCCUUUUUAGUUUAGUGCUUUGCCCUGUGGUUGUCAAAGGCAAAACAUACAGAAUGGCAGAAUGUACAUUUUCUCUGCUUUUUAUAUCCACAGGACAAACAUGGUGGAAUUAUAAUGCUCUGUUUCACUAAGACGUACUUCAGGGGGCUUCUAUUUGAAGAGAACAACACAUUUCAUCACUUAUUUAACUGAUAGUGGAUGAAUAAUUUGUCGCAAUUGAUGCUGAAUGAAGUAUUGAUUAAGAGAAUAACAUGGCAGUGGCCAUGUACCCUAGCACUGAGGUGUACAGUAGCGCUCUCCAAACUGCCUCAACCUUGGGUGCUAGGGCAGGCGAGGCGAACAGCGUAGUCUUGAGGGGACUAAGCAUUGCAGGCAAACGUGAGAAUUCUAAUGACAGUGACACCAAAUGAUCCAACAUUUUGUCUGAUACCAAUAACAUCGCUGAAAAACAGUGUUAGCUUGUCACCCUGACAGAUUCCUUUGGUUGGUCUUAGUCUCCAAGACCAGUCAAAGUCUAGCCAUGGCUGGCCCCAUCCCGACCAAUGAAACGCUGCAAGAGGGUGGAAAAUAUGACCUGAUCUUGUGUUUCAGAACACGAGGGCAAAGCGACAGCCCGACGGUGGAUCCGUCUCUGUCUCUACUCUUCUGCUUGCAUCUUGUCCACAGUACACUUGGCACAUUGUAGAAGAACAGGCAGACUGACAUUGAUGUUGUUGACUCUAGUCAUUCAUUCCUGAGCGUAAGCGGGACAUUAAUACUAUAGCAGAGCAACACAAAGCAGCUGCCUCGUCCUGCAAGCAAUCUGCCUUGAAUCCUUGGUAGAGAGAGGGUAGCCAUGUUAUGAUAUCGCACCUGACUGCCACAUUUCUUGUUUAUUCUUUUAUUCCUAAAAAUGCAUGUGUUGGUACUUUAACAAUGUGCUUCAAAUAUAUUGUAUGUAAUAACCACUGAGAGAGGAAAACCCAAUAUAUUAAAGACACAAACUAGAUCUGACAUUGGCAAAUUACACUCUAAAUAUACCAUAAAUACCUAGGGAAAUUGGCUCAAAUAUGAAAGUAGGCUACAUUUUAAAAAUAUUUUCCUCAUAUUUAUCACAGACAUAUACACAAUAAGGAAAGUUCAUACAGCAGGUUAAGAACUGGAACGAGUAACUAUUUGUGAUAUUUGGAUGUAUGAGAAUCGGGUGUUGUGUAAAGACAUUAUUUUCACCUCCAUGGGUAAAUCGUGUUUCUUCUGUGUCAUGUUUUCUCAGUUGUGCAUCUUUUGUCCUCAUUUUUUGUUUUUAAAUUGUAUUUGAUAUUUUGCAUGAACUGUUCAUACUGUGUGUGUUGAUUUUAUAGUUUUGUCUUUUUGUAUGUUUUGGGAGUGUUCUGUUUGUAUUGUUUUCCAGUUGUUGUUUUGUCACCUCAACAUAUGUAUUCAUUUGACAUAAAGCUGCACCUGAAUCAUACUUGAUGGUAACAGUGAAAUAGUCAUUAGACCUCCCCCACCACAGACACUGAUUUUAUACUCUCAAAAAAGAACAGAACAUUGCUUUUUUACUUUGCUCCUCUUUGUUGUUGGACUGGAUCAAAACGGGACGGAGCCCAGCAUGUUUACCUAGCAGCCAGCAGCAAUCCCAGGCACAAGGUGAUAGCCAUCUGAGAGGCAUGCUCAGUACAGCACGUACAUCAGCAUGUGUCAUUAUCAUGUCAGCCGCUACUGGACAGACAGACAUACCCUCUGUGACACGUUAGCUAGGAUAGUACUGUCCUCUAUCUCGCUGUUAGCCAGUCAGUGCUCUCAGUCCACUGACCUCUCGGUUGCUGGGUCAUGGCUGUUGUGGGUCACUUAAUGUGUCUGCAUGCCCUCAUAGGACACCCCGCCAGCUCUGGAUACGGGUCACGCAAGAGAUAACUAAAUUAAUAAAAUGUUUUAUUUAUUUGUGCUUUGUCUACAUCAUGCAUUAUAACACUGUUAUGUUAUGGCACUGUUAUUUAUUUAGUCUGUCAUUACUAUAGUAAAAAAAAUGAGUUGGUACUCUUCCAAAACAAAUAGCCAUGCAAUUGACAGGGAUUCUUCCUGCUUGGGGACUUAGUAGGGAAACAGACAUCAGUACACCCAGUUUGUCCUGAUGUUGUGCCCAAUCUGCCCAUUGUUUAGCUGCUACUCUCCAUACUGAUACAGUGCCGUGCAAAAGUAUUCAUCCCCCUUGGCGUUUAUUCUAUUUUGUUGCAUUACAACCUGUAAUUUAAAUGGAUUUUUAUUUGGAUUUCAUGUAAUGGACAUACACAAAAUAGUCCAAAUUGGUGAAGUGAAAUGAAAAAACUAACUUGUUUCAAAAAUUAUAAAAAAUGAAUAACGGAAAAGUGGUGCGUGCAUAUGUAUUCACCCCCUUUGCUAUGAAGCCCUAAAUAAGAUCUGGUGCAACCAAAUACCUUCAGAAGUCACAUAAUUAGUUAAAUAAAGUCCACCUGUGUGCAAUCUAAGUGUCACAUGAACUGUCACAUGAUCUCAGUAUAUAUACACCUGUUCUGAAAGGCCCCAGAGUCUGCAACACCACUAAGCAAGGGGCACCACCAAGCAAGCGGCACCAUGAAGUCCAAGGAGCUCUCCAAACAGGUCAGGGACAAAGUUGUGGAGAAGAUCAGGGUUGGGUUAUAAAACAAUAUCAGAAACUUUGAACAUCCAAUGGAGCACCAUUAAAUCCAUGAUAAAAAAAUUGAAAGAAUAUGGCACCACAACAAACCUGCCAAGAGAGGGCCGCCCACCAAAACUCACAGACCAGGCAAGGGGGGCAUUAAUCAGAGAGUCAACAAAGAGACCAAAGAUAACCCUGAAGGAGCUGCAAAGCUCCACAGCGGAGAUUGGAGUAUCUGUCCAUAGGACCACUUUAAGCCGUACACUCCACAGAGCUAGGCUUUACGGAAGAGUGUCCAGAAAAAAGCAAUUUCUUAAAGAAAGAAAUAAGCAAACACGUUUUUUUGUUCGCCAGAAGCCAUGUGGGAGACUCCCCAAACAUAUGGAAGAAGGUACUCUGGUCAGAUGAGAAUAAAAUUGAGCUUUUUGGCCAUCAAGGAAAACGCUAUGUCUGGCGCAAACCCAACACCUCUCAUCACCCUGAGAACACCAUCCCCACAGUGAAGCAUGUUUUUCAUCGGCAGGGACUGGGAAACUGGUCAGAAUUGAAGGAAUGAUGGAUGGCGCUAAAUACAGGGAAAUUCUUGAGGGAAACCUGUCUAAGUCUUCCAGAGAUUUGAGACUGGGACGGAGGAUCACCUUCCAGCAGGACAAUGACCCUAAGCAUACUGCUAAAGCAACACUCGAGUGGUUUAAGGGGAAACAUUUAAAUGUCUUGGAAUGGCCUAGUCAAAGCCCAGACCUCAAUUCAAUUGAGAAUCUGUAGUAUGACUUAAAGAUUGCUGUACACCAGCGGAACCCAUCCAAGUUGAAGGAGCUGGGGCAGUUUUGCCUUGAAGAAUGGGCAAAAAUCCCAGUGGCUAGAUGUGCCAAAAGGUGGCUCUACAAAGUAUUGACUUUGGGGGGGUGAAUAGUUAUGCAUGCUCAAGUUUUCAGUUUUUUUUCUUAUUUCUUGUUUGUUUCACAAUAAAACAUAUUUUGCAUCUUCAAAGUGGUAGGCAUGUUGUGUAAAUCAAAUGAAACAAACCCCCCCAAAAUCCAUUUUCAUUCCAGGUUGUAAGGCUACUUUCGCAAGCCACUGUACCAGUACUGGAACCUUGCCCGAUGUGACUUGCCAUGUCAAAGCAACAGCUCAGUAUGAGCAGGAGACAGUACUAUUUGUCCAAAGCUGCUGUUACUAACCUCAUUCCUAUUUACAUAGUUAUUUUCUGAGACUUGCUGUGAACCAUAAAUGUUGUCUAAGUAUGUUGGCUAAAUUGCUGUAAAAAUAAGCCAUAUAGCCAGAUAAGAUCAAAUAACCUCACAUUCUUUAAACUCCUUUUUUAUGUAAAUAUUAUGCUAUUAUGCAUGAAGCAGGCUACAGUGGUGAAUACAAUAUAUUUAAUGAAAUUAAAUUACAAACCAUGAUCAUUUUUCAGAAAGAAAGUAAAUACAGAAAUCGAGCAGUCAUGUAGACAGCAUAAUGUCUUACAAACAUAACGCCCUACUUGAGGACUCAUUAGAAACUGUUUAGCUUUUACAUUUCUUAGUCUUAUUCAUUCAAAUCUACCUGUAGAUUUUAGUGAUCUCAUUGCAAUUAGAAGUUAAAAAAAGUAGCUAUAUACCACUAAUCAUGCAGCCACAGAGCUACAUAGAAUCAAUAUAUUGGUAUAUAUUGAUAUGAUAGAAAACCAGAUUGGCUACAAUUCCAUAUUACUCCAAUUUAGAUCUACCGCUCUCUUGUAGUUCUCAAUGUUGCAUUUGAUUGAUUGUAAUUGCACAGUAUAUAUAGGCCUAUGCAAGUGGGAUUUCUAGGUGGCUGUGUGGAUGCAUGUCCAGUGAAGGGCUGUAUUUUGUGAGGUGUUGGCUGCCCUCAGCUAGAACAAAAUCGGACUGCUAGUUUUUGUUUGUCUGUUAGUCAUGAAAGGGUUCCUGUUAGAUCCACCUUGCUAAACGCUUGGUCAAAAAGCUACAUGUGCCCAUAACAAUUGCACCUCUUUUAUGUACAUAUAGAGCUAUAUUACAGUAGCUACUCAUUCUGCUAGUCCCAAUCGUAAGUACUUUUUUGAACAGUGUGUGCCGAUUACUCAAAGCGAUACAGGUAGGGUCUGGUACGGUAGGGGUUAGUCCUGGUGUAUGAAAGGUAACAGUUAGUUUUGCCUGCUCUCUGUGUUGUGUUGGCCAGGACCCUGCUCUAUCGCUUUGUAAAGUAUGAAGUAGUUUAAAGUUUGAAUAACAUAAAAUAACAUAAUAUAAUGUUAUUUAUGUUAUUUCCCACGUGAAGAACUCCUGUAAACCUUGCAGUAUUGAAACUCAGUGAACAAGGCAUCUUAGACAAGCUGAAAAACAAAUGGUGGUACGAUAAGGGUGAAUGUGGAACCAAGGACUCUGGAAGUAAGGUCAGUCGCUGCAGGUCUUUUUGUACUGAUUACAAAUUGCAUUUUGACUUAACUGUUCAUAUGCAAAUACCUAAAUACCAUACAUUUAAAAUAUAUAUAUAGAAUAUAUUUUCUUUCAUUUUAUUUAUUUUUAUUUUUAUUUUCCUCGAAUGACACAUCUGCAACACAGUCUAAGUGAAAACAGUCUAAACAAUAUUCAUUGGAUAGUUUGUCUUACAAAUACUUCAUUAUCCACAAUACUGUCCACAUUAUUAGUGUUUACAUUACGUUACUGUUAUAAUAAUGAUAAUUAUUAUUCCUAAGAUCUCAUCACACAGCUUAGACAUAUGUAAUGAUAGUUGAAAAGGUGCAGCAUGCCUUUGAAAAAUGUUAAAUUACAUUUGUAUUCAUACUUACCAUAGACAAAUGACAUCCAUUGAAUUGUAAUCAUUAUGCUGCUGUUUUGUUAACCAAACUUGUAUUGAAAUAUUGUUUAUUAGUGUCCUUACUUAUUUGCGUGCUAAUUGAGUAUAUUUAAUCUAUUAACAUUAUGCAGUGCGACUUACUAAACAAGCUUCUUUACUCUGACAAACUCCAAACUAACUUUCAAACUCCACCUGGUCACACAGUGAUCAUGUGGAAUCUGAAGGUCAUGUUUGAACUGUAGAAUGUCACAAUAAGGACAUUUUGUUUGCACACUUCAUGAAGUUAAAGGAUCUAAUAUAAAGCAGUUAUUUAACCCUCUGAGAUAUUCAGAGGACAGGACAUACAGGCCCUGUAGCCAACAUCAGGGUUCUCCUAUGACAGUCUACAAAGCACACUUUAAAGGACACACUCAUAGGGUUAAAAUGCAAAUGGUAAAACUCUUAUAAAUUAAUUUCAAUAUCUAAGUUUGGAUCUUAGUAGCAGCAAAAUGGUUCAAUUCACAAUUCCUAGAGCUUGCCACUUUGAUUGAAAUUGUGAGAUGCAGUCAGAUUGUUAAUGGUACAUUUGAAGAACUACAAUAUCAUAGUGAAGUCAGGGCCAAUCAAGAGUUUUUUGACCUGUACGACAUUGACCACCUUCCUUUAGGGUGGCCUCGUAAACGAGCCACAGAGUAGGAUAGAAGGAACCUUUUUCUCGACAUUCACCAAUCUAGCUAUGUUAUUAACUACCUGCAGAGUUGACCCACCUCUCCUGCUAUUGUUGAGGAUUGACUGACCUACUAGACAGUCCCAAGCUGCUCCCAGCUUCCUACUGUUGUAGGGAAGUCAUUCAGCAGGUCAACCUCUGCAGUUUACCUCAAUACUACCCCACAGUAGGCAUAUGUCUCCAUGGGAUUCACUGCCUACACAGUUGAUAGAACCAUACAGAGUUGUUGGGGUAAUCGAUUAGAUCACUAAUAGUGGGGGUGUCGUCUUCAUUAGAGCUGGAUUUGACUUGGGGAGAUUUUGCCUUUCUUGUUUGAUCAGGUCACAACCAAAAUGUAUGUUAAAAAAUUCUUAACAUUGUUCUUUACCUUCCCCAGGACAAGACAAGUGCUCUAAGCUUGAGCAAUGUGGCGGGAGUCUUCUAUAUUCUGGUUGGAGGGCUAGGGCUGGCUAUGACCGUGGCUUUGAUAGAGUUCUGUUAUAAGUCACGGGCAGAAACCAAAAGACUGAAUCUGGCUAAGAAUGCCCAAAACUUUAAACCAGCUCCUCCGGCAAACACCCAGAAUUUUGCCACAUACCGAGAAGGCUAUAAU